AUGGCGGAGUCCGUGGGUCGCGACCGCGCCUUGGAGGCAACCGCGGAGAGCGCCCAGCCCGUGGCGGAGCUGAUCCCAGAUUCUGCGCCUCCCCGUCCCCAGGCCCCUGCACGUCCUGCUGCGACCGAGCCCGUACGACGCCUCUCGCGCGGAUUGUCUCUUCCGCUGCGUUCACGGGACCGCGCGGCGGCGGCGGGAGGAGUAUCAGCGCGACGUCCAGCCUCGCGACCGCCGCUAUCGUUCUCCGCAGAGGUCGCCGGGGAAGCGCUCGCCGCGGCAGCGGUCUCCCCAUCAGCGCUCGCCUCAGCCGUCGCCGCCUCGCCGGGGCGUGGGGCUCCCGCGGGGCGUGGGGACUCCCGCAGGAGGGAGCGUUCUCCGCCGCGUCCUCAGUCGCCGGGAUCAGGUGGCCGGCGUGGCCGGCGGAAUGGUUCUCCGCGCGGCGGAGGAAACCGCGGACGAGGCUCCGCGAUAGACCGCGCCGCUCACGUGCUGGCGGAAGCGGUGCUGCAGGCGCACACGGGGAGGGGAGCGGCUCGAAAUCAUCAGUCAGUGGCUUCCGAGCCCCCCGCCGCCCCUGCUGAGGCUGAUGCGGCUCCGUUGCGCGCGCCGACUCUGCGCGAGUAUCUGCCAGCAGCAGUGGGGAGGGGGGGCCCGUUCCGCGGACGCCGCCAGGCCCCUGGUUACCCAGCUCCUCUGAAUUCCCUUGGCCGAGCUCCAGAACAGGUGGCGGUGCUUCCGCCCCGCGGUAUUCCGACUGCACCUCUCCCCAGCCGCGCGGGGAGAGACCCCACGCUGAGCAUGUGCCGGAUGUGGAACUUGGCGGGGGCUGCAGAGGGGGUGGCGAGCUUGCAGCUGGCGGCGUGUGAGGCCAUGCGUCACACACCGAGCAGUUUUGCUCAAGUGCCCCAAGGACAGUGCGUCUCUUGGGCAGCAGCGAUUCUCCCCCUUUUAUCGCCCGUGUCGGAAGCGCCCGCCGGGGUAGCGCCCUUAGCCCGUACCUUCCCCCGCCUCGCGCUUGAUCUUCACGCGGCGGCUCAGGGCGGGACCCCGGUUGACACUCUCCGCUUCUUGGCGGAGCUCCUCCAUGCGAUGGCGGGGUGCCUUCUCUCGAUGCUUGAGGCGGAGGGGGCUGGCUUGUACACGCAGUAG